CUGGGCCCGCGUCCCCUCCCUCCCGACUCCGGGAGGCGGGGACGCGGCGGCGGCUUCUCCAGUCGUGUCUUUCUCACUCACUGGGGAACCCGGCGGUGGCGGCACCUUUCGAGCAAAAGCGUUGAGACGCAAGAGCCUGCCGGCUAGCCAGAGAAAGAAGUCGGACAGACCGACUGCGAAGCCGACGAACCUACGGACAGUGGGGCAGUCAGACGGUCCGACUCGCCUUAAGUUCCGCCAUGAGCUGGGGCACGGAGCUGUGGGAUCAGUUCGACAGCUUAGACAAGCAUACACAAUGGGGAAUUGACUUCUUGGAAAGAUAUGCCAAAUUUGUUAAAGAGAGGAUAGAAAUUGAACAGAACUAUGCAAAACAAUUAAGGAAUCUGGUUAAGAAGUACUGUCCCAAACGGUCAUCCAAAGAUGAAGAGCCAAGGUUUACCUCGUGCAUAGCCUUUUUUAACAUCCUUAAUGAGUUAAAUGACUAUGCAGGACAGCGAGAGGUAGUAGCAGAAGAAAUGGCGCACAGAGUUUAUGGUGAAUUAAUGAGAUAUGCUCACGAUCUGAAAACUGAAAGAAAGAUGCAUCUCCAAGAAGGACGAAAAGCUCAGCAAUACCUUGACAUGUGCUGGAAACAGAUGGAUAAUAGUAAAAAGAAAUUUGAAAGAGAAUGUAGAGAAGCAGAAAAAGCACAACAGAGCUAUGAAAGAUUGGAUAAUGAUACUAAUGCAACCAAGGCAGAUGUUGAAAAGGCCAAACAACAGUUGAACCUGCGUACACAUAUGGCUGAUGAGAAUAAAAAUGAAUAUGCAGCACAGUUACAAAACUUUAAUGGAGAACAACACAAGCAUUUCUACGUAGUGAUUCCUCAGAUUUACAAGCAACUACAAGAAAUGGAUGAACGAAGGACUAUUAAACUCAGUGAGUGUUACAGAGGAUUCGCAGAUUCAGAACGCAAAGUUAUUCCUAUCAUUUCAAAAUGUUUGGAAGGAAUGAUUCUUGCAGCAAAAUCAGUUGAUGAAAGAAGAGACUCUCAAAUGGUGGUAGACUCCUUCAAGUCUGGUUUUGAACCUCCAGGAGACUUUCCAUUUGAAGAUUAUAGCCAGCAUAUUUAUAGAACCAUUUCUGAUGGAACUAUCAGUGCAUCCAAACCGGAGAGUGGGAAAGUGGAUGCCAAAACCACAGUAGGAAAGGCCAAGGGCAAAUUGUGGCUCUUUGGAAAGAAGCCAAAGCCACAGUCCCCACCCUUAACCCCUACUAGUUUAUUCACAUCCAGUACUCCUAAUGGGUCCCAGUUUCUCACAUUCUCCAUUGAGCCCGUGCAUUAUUGUAUGAAUGAAAUAAAAACAGGGAAGCCCAGAAUUCCUUCUUUCAGAAGCCUCAAAAGAGGGUGGUCGGUGAAGAUGGGCCCAGCACUAGAAGAUUUCAGUCAUCUGCCACCAGAACAGAGACGCAAAAAACUGCAGCAGCGCAUUGAUGAACUUAACAGGGAGCUACAGAAAGAAUCAGACCAAAAAGAUGCACUCAACAAAAUGAAAGAUGUAUAUGAGAAAAAUCCACAAAUGGGGGAUCCAGGGAGUCUGCAGCCUAAAUUAGCAGAGACUAUGAAUAACAUUGACCGCCUAAGAAUGGAAAUCCAUAAGAAUGAGGCUUGGCUUUCUGAAGUUGAAGGCAAAACAGGUGGGAGAGGAGACAGACGACACAGCAGUGACAUAAAUCAUCUUGUUACACAGGGACGAGAAAGUCCUGAGGGAAGUUACACUGAUGAUGCAAACCAAGAAGUCCGUGGGCCACCUCAACAGCAUGGUCACCAUGAGUUUGAUGAUGAAUUUGAGGAUGAUGACCCCUUGCCUGCUAUUGGACAUUGCAAAGCUAUCUACCCUUUUGAUGGACAUAAUGAAGGUACUCUGGCAAUGAAAGAAGGUGAAGUUCUAUACAUUAUUGAGGAGGACAAAGGUGAUGGAUGGACAAGAGCCAGGAGACAGAAUGGUGAAGAGGGCUACGUUCCGACAUCAUACAUAGAUGUAACUCUAGAGAAAAACAGUAAAGGUGCAGUAACUUAUAUCUAAACUAACCAGGCAUCUUUGUGCCAUGUAUGACAUAAAUAAAUGGUAUGAUAUAAAUGAUAACAUAAAAUGAAAACACAUUCAACAGGUCAGAAAAAAUAAGAAAACCUAAAAGGGCAUCCCAAUUUAUUGUUCACUAUGUGAGCUGAAUGCAGGCUUGAUCUUAAAAGAUGUGAAUAUCACAAGAGGCUGUUUUUGUGAUGCCUUUCUGUUUGAGUAAUGUUGUGUGAAGCUUAAUUGAUGCCUUUGCUUUAUGUCCUGCUUAAGUCUCUGUGAAGGAUUUGUGUUUUUCUGCCUUAUAAAUAUAGAAUUUGGCUUAUUGGGAAGGAAUCCAUAGGUAGAAUGCUCCCCCAUCUGCUUUACUUCAGAAGACACAGUGACUGGUGAAUUCACAUAAGUAAAACUGCUCUGAAAUGCUGUAGAAAAUUGACUUCCAAAAAGAGUGAUUUGUUGUAGGUGUUUGAAUUUGUAGCUUCAGUAUUUAGGGAAAAAAGUAAUAGUUAGAUAAUAGCAUAAUCAUUUUCAUUUUCCUCCCUAUUCUUAACAUUGGUUUCCUAAAGGAAGAAAAUAAGCACUUAGUUUAUAAUCUAAGUAGUAGUUUAAUCAAGAAAUCUACAAAAUGUAUCACCUGGUCUAGCUCUCUCUCUCUCUCUUUUUUUUUUUUUUUUUUUU